AGACUCGCAUCAGACACAUUUGUAUCCCUCCGUGGCCCCCCCAAACGCCCUCAGCGGAUCAGAUGCUGUCCCCGGGUCCCAGGUCAGCGGACAGAUGGGCUUGGCCAUCCUAUCUCUGUACUGUAUAGUAUCAUCCUGGUGCUGUCAGAUCUAUACUGAGGAAGUCCAGACCCCCACUAGGGCGUGCCAAACGCAGAGAUACCCGGAAAAAGACGCUAUUUUUGCAUCCUCGCUGCGGCCUUUUGCGCUGUCUGCGAUGCGCCCCAGUGCCAACGCUUUGUGGGGGAAAGCGAGAUGUAACAACCACCGUGAAUGCGAAACAGAGAUAAGGACAUGUUGUACCAGAAACUCUAAUUUCGGCGUACCAAGUCCAAGGCCGCGGUCAAGAUCGCAUAUUAAAUUUUAUUUAUUUGCAUCGAAUAUUCUCCAUCAACACACACGCACGUGAGGCAGAACCUGGCAGAGCACAAAGGCCGUCAUCCAAGUCGGCGAAAACAAACUUUGGGCGAUGCUACCGUCGCUACGUACUGUAUAUGACGAGGCGGUCAAAGUACUUACGAAGGGAACUUUGUUCGCAAUGGCAUGGACAUCGCGAACCCAUGUGCGUCGUGGCU